GGAAGUCGUCAAACGAAUGGUGGACAAAACAAAACGUGAGGAAAACGACGAUUUGACCGGCUUCUUUGAAUCGCUGUAUAUUCCAUUCUUUUCAAAAUGACCGAGGAGGUCCAGAAGCACUCUGUCCACACACUGGUGUUCAGAUCUUUGAAGAGAACACAUGAUAUGUUUCUAUCAGAACAAGGGACAGCACCUGGUAAAGAGGAAAACAGUGAGAAAAACUGGAAACUUUGUAAACUGCGGGCAGAUUAUGGUCAGGUGAAGGACUUGCCAAAGGAAGGAGGAAGAAAGGCGAUGAAUUCCAGAGAUGUCAUUCGACCAUACGGAGAAAGUAACUACCAUGAUUCAGAGACAGGAGUGCUUGGAACACAUCCUUACCCAAAUGGACCAGGUGUUCAGCUGACAGACGGGACGUCACAACACAUGGAUCCCAGUGGUGCUGGAAGCAGAGAGAUCAUGCUGUACGAACAGUCAAGACAAACAAGUGUUUCAUCUGGUGCAAGUGUUCAUGAAAUUCGGCAAAAUGCUGGUCUCUCAGAGAGAAUGGAUCCCACUUCAAGAAACAUCAGUGUGGGUCAACAACAGAUGCUAGUGCCAAGGAAGGCUCCCACAAUGCCCAAACCACAAUGGCAUCCCCCAUGGAAACUCUACAGGGUAAUCAGUGGUCACCUGGGCUGGGUGAGGUGUAUUGCUGUGGAACCAGGGAAUGAAUGGUUCGUCACCGGAGCUGGAGACAGAGUCAUCAAGAUCUGGGACUUGGCAACAGGAACUUUGAAGUUGUCUCUGACUGGUCACAUCAGUGCUGUCCGAGGGGUGGCAGUCAGCCCCCGACAACCAUACCUCUUCUCCUGUGGUGAAGAUAAACAGGUCAAGUGCUGGGACUUGGAGUACAAUAAGGCUAUCCGUCACUAUCAUGGUCACCUGAGUGCGGUCCACUCGCUGGACAUUCACCCCACCAUUGACAUCCUGUGUUCCUGCGGCAGAGACGGCACUGUCAGGGUGUGGGACAUGCGGACCAAGGCCUGUGUACACACCAUGGUAGGCCACCAGAACACCGUCGCCGUCGUCAAGUGCCAGGCAGCAGAGCCACAGGUGGUGACAGGCAGCCAUGACUGUACGGUGAGACUGUGGGACUUGGCGGCAGGACGUACCAAGGUGACGCUCACCAACCACAAGAAGAGUGUGAGGGGGUUGGCCCUGCAUCCUACACAGUACACCUUCGCAUCAGCAUCGCCGGACAACAUCAAGCAGUGGAAGUUCCCUGAUGGCAACUUCAUACAGAAUCUGUCCGGACACAACGCCAUUGUAAACAGUCUGGCAGUCAACUCCGACAACAUCCUGGUGUCAGCAGCUGAUAAUGGUACCAUGCACUUCUGGGACUGGCGGACUGGCUACAACUUCCAGCGUCUACAGGCCGCAGUACAGCCAGGCUCCAUCGACUCUGAGGCCGGCAUAUUUGCUGUCCAGUUUGACCACAGCGGAACACGACUCAUCACAGCAGAAGCUGAUAAGACCAUCAAGAUAUAUAAGGAGGAUGAUACAGCGACAGAAGAGUCACAUCCUAUCAACUGGCGGCCUGAUAUUCUCAAGAAGAAGAGAUACUGAACCAUCAUCCAAGCAGCAUAUGUAUAUAGUCACCAUCCUGAAUACAUGCAUCCUGUCCAUUAUGCUCCAUUGUGUGAUGGAAUAAAGAUAUUUGUCACAAUCCUUGGUACUGCUGACCAGUAUCAUAUUUUAACAGACUUUGUUGGGCAGAUGUUUCAAUGACCUGGUCCCGAUUUUUGAAAACAAACUUACGUUUUUACUCAAAUUUCAAACUGAGUUUGACAAUUUGAAACAGAUGAAUUGUUAGCUCAACUGCAUUUUUCCAAUAAAAAAGCCCAAACAACUUAAGAAAUCUAUAUCCCAAACUCAAAUUGUCUACUAAAUUUGAGUUUAAUAUCGAUUCCAGUUCAUUCUGGGAAAUGCAUUAACCUGAGUCGAAAGUCAGACUUUGUUUGUUUCAAGAAAUCGGGGCCCGAUGUUCCAAGAAUAAUAAUAUUAAGAUUAUUGAGAAGUUCUCAAUUUUAGUGUGGGCAGCUUUUUGUAACAUUCCCACUUUCAUCCUUACACUUUUAUAAUUGAAGAAUGUGAUCCUGGCAAAGAUAAUGAGGUGCAGCCAGGAAAUAUGUCAGGGUGGAUAAUUACUUCACAACUUUGGUACUGCAUUGGUUGUAAAAAUGUGUAAUUAAAAAUGGAUUAAAAUUUAUGAAAAGCAAAA